AUGGAGAGAUAUACAAAACUGGAAAAGCUCGGCGAGGGAACAUAUGCUGCUGUAUUCAAGGGAAAGAAUCGCCUUACUGGAGAUACGGUUGCGCUCAAAGAGAUUCAACUCGAUCCAGAAGAAGGCGCUCCAUCCACGGCUAUUCGCGAAAUAUCCCUCAUGAAGGAACUCAAACAUGACAAUAUCGUAAAGCUAUAUGAUGUCAUCCAUACCGAACGCACUUUGACUCUGAUAUUCGAAUUCAUGGACCAAGACUUGAAAAAAUACAUGGACACCAAUGGAAAAUACGGUGCUAUAGAACCAAUCCUAUGCAAAUCAUUCCUCUUCCAACUAUUACGCGGCAUCGAAUUCUGUCAUGAAAAUAGAGUACUUCAUAGGGACUUGAAACCUCAAAAUCUGCUCAUUAACGCAAAAGGCGAACUAAAACUAGCAGAUUUCGGUCUCGCCCGUGCUUUCGGCAUUCCCGUAAACACAUUCUCCAACGAAGUCGUAACCCUCUGGUACCGAGCCCCAGACGUCCUCCUAGGCUCCAAAACAUACUCUACAACAAUCGAUAUGUGGUCAGCAGGCUGCAUCAUGGCUGAAAUGUAUUCAGGAAAACCACUCUUCCCUGGUAAAACCAACGAAGACCAACUACUCAAGAUAUUCAAAUUGUUGGGUACUCCAUCGGAAGCUACAUGGCCUGGCGUGUCUGGAUUUGCGGAAUGGAAGAAGACCUUCCCGUAUUAUCCACCGGUUGCUCUACCUAGUAAAUUGGGGAUGAUGGAUGCUUUGGCGUUGGAUUUGUUGAGUAGGAUGUUGCAGUACCAGCCACAGUUGAGGAUAUCGGCUACCCAGGCGCUACAGCAUCCGUAUUUUCAGGAUAUGUUGAGUGUUGGGCCUGGUGUGGUGAGGUGA